AUGGACAUUGUCUCUGCCAGCUCGAACGCUCCUCGUAUCGCUCCUCGCCUCGCCCCGCUCCUUCCAAAGGGCCGCCUCGUCGCUAUGGCUGACGCCGUCCUCGCUGCGGCGGCUCGCCUCAACUCGGCCUUUCCUCAGAACCUGGCCUCACUGCUGGCGGUGGGUAGGCUUGAUCCGAUCACCGCUAUUGUCGACACAGAGGCGACAAAGUCAAGCUCGUCUGCCAGCCCAUCGGCUGCUCUUCUCUCUGCGAGCAAGAUGCUCCGCCAACGGAGCGUGUACGGACAGGCUGAGCGCGGACAGGCGUGGCUUAACCCGACACGGUUUGUCUCACGCCUCCAGCGGGUCUACUCGACUCGUGGGCACAUCAAGGAUGCGUAUUGUCUCAAGUUUGACCGGUCAUCGCGGCGGAUUGUGACCGGUGCCGACGACAGACUGGUCAAGGUGUGGAACGCGAGGACUGGCCGACUGCUGCUCACUCUCCGCGGCGCCAUCCAUGACAUCACCGACCUGGCAUGCUCGCUCGACAACAGAUUUGUGGCGGCAUCGUCCAACGGCGAGGGCCUCGUCAACGACAUCCGGGUGUGGGACCUGGCCACUGGCGAGGCCAAGGCUGUGCUCCUCGGCCACUCUCAGGACAUCAACAGUAUCGCCUUUGUCCCCUCGCCGCUUGCCGACACGUACCGUCUCGUCUCCAUCUCGUCCGACGGCUCGGUGCGGAUCUGGACCUCGGGUCCGGACGGCGAGUUUGCCGCCCAUCCGCUGGUGGUUCUCCCCACUGGACCGGGCGCCGAGCCCAUCCGCGACUCGCAGCUGAUGGCGCUCGACGUCGACCCGACCGGGACUCGCUUGGCGGUCGGCAACCACCUCGGCCACGUCUUUGUCUACAACCUUGCCUCCCGCCGUCCGACCCUUCUUGCCGCGCUUCCGGCUCACGCCCACCGGAUCAUGUCCAUCAAGUUCUCGCCACGCGGCGAUGCGCUCCUCACCGCCGCCCGCAACUCAACGGCCGCCGUAUGGACCGAGGAUCCAGACGCGCCGGGCACCUUUGCCGUAGCCCGCUUUGGCGAAGGCCGUGGCUACGACACGAUCGUCGCCGAGUGGGCUGGCCGCCACGCCUCGCUCGUCAUCACCGCCACGUCAGACCACGCUGUUCGUGUCUACGACGCCACCACUGGCGCCCUGCGCCACACCCUCCGCGGCCACGAGCAGGAUGCACUCGUCAUCCAAGCUCACCCGACGCUUCCCAACCUGCGCGGCUCGCAGCUGACCAUCUUUGAGGAGCUCGAUCCCAUCGACGACAUCUCGUUCUCGCCCGACGGCACCUCACUCGCCGCCAUCUCACUCCUUGGCGUCAUUUUCUUCUACCAAGUCGGCCCCUGUCUCCGCGACUACCGCGACAUUCCGCCCGAGCAGUUUACCACCGAUGACUACAAGCCGCUUGUCCGUGACAUCAACUCGUGGGUCCUCGACGCUGCCUCCCAGCGCCCACCACAUGCUCUUCCGCCGGCACCGCGCUGCGACAUGGCGGGCGUCGAGUACGAUACCCAGCCGCACCCGAGCGAGCUCGUGCCGUCGCCGUCGCUCGCGCUCGCUCCCACAGACCUCGCCCGUGCAGCCGCCCGCCUCGCGGCGCUCCGAAACUACCGCGGCUCUGAUGACGAUGUGGCACACCGCCGCGCGGUGAUCGCGACUGUCCGUGCCGCUGCAGCCGGCACGCCCUCUGCACCAUCGUCCCGCAGCGGAGAGACCGACGUGCUGACCGCACCAUUUACAGUUGUCGACGCUGCGGCCGCCUUUGCCGCGCUGCUGCGCAAUCCGCCGCGCCGCCGGCAGCGCGCUUCACCACGCCGCUCCGCCGCCGACCGUCGUGUCACCGCCGAGGAGGAAGCCAUUGCCGAGGUUGUCGCCGCGGGGCGGCGGGUCCACACCACCCGCUCAGGCCGCGUGGCACGGACCACGUUCUCGGCCGAGGAGCUCAACCGGUUCGAGGCGCGGACGGCGGCGCGGGCGGCGGCCGCCGCCGAGCCUACUCGACGGUCGUCACGGCGGCGGGCAGCUCGGUCGUGGCGUGAUGCGCUCUCGUCGAGUUCGUCGUCCGAGUCGUCGUUUGGCUCUGCGCCGCGCCGCGAGCGGAAGCGUGCGCGAACAACGACAACAGCAACGACUGCACGCGGCGGCGCACGCGGUGGCGGCGCACGCGGGCGGGCCCAGCCAUCGGCCAUGCUCGUCUUCCCCGACUGGCUGACCACCCGCAGCCCGCCGCACCGCUACGUGCCGCAACUUGGCGACCGCGUCAUCUACGCCAUUCAAGGCCACACAGCGUACCUAGAGAGCCACCCGUCGGAUUUUGUCCCGCUGUGGGACCUUGCGCCGUCCCUCCCAGGCACCGGCGUCGUUCCAGCCGAAGUUGUCGAGCUCAAGUGGCAGUGCAACGAGCGGCGGACAGUCCACCUCGGUCUGCGCAUCGAGAGCGACGAGAUGCCGCGGGCCUCGCGGGCGCUGCAGAACAUCGAUGUGCUCUGGAUCGAGUACGAUCCGGGCGUCGAGGGCGUGGCCGACUUUCUCCUCCUCCGCGAGCAGGUCCUCGCCGCCGAGGCCAGGCUCGGCGCGCACAACGCCGCGCAGCAGCCGCCGCUCGUUGCUGUCUACUACGAGGACAUGGCCAAGCUGUACCUGGGGCGACUCGCGGGGCGGACCGUGGCCGAUCCGCGGUACCCGCACUCGCCGUGGGAGUCGGUCGAAAUCAAUUGGCUCUCAGACGCAGCGCCAACCGCCGUCUCGCCGUGGGAAGUUGUGCCUUGGACCGCGGUGGCGGCCGUCCUCGGCGCCGACGCCGACAGCACCGCGCCGGAGCUCGAUUGCAGCGAGGCGCAGUACGCUGCGCUCCAGAACCACAUGUGGCAGCGCGCCGAGCUGGACCGAGCGCGCGCCGAGCGCGUCACGACUGCCAUUGCUGCCGCCCUCCAGGACAACGACUUUGCCAUCGCGGUCGACGCCUUCCGCAUGCCGGUUGACGUCUCCGACUUUCCGCUCUACCCCAACCUCGUCACCGCUCCGUCUGACCUCACCACCAUUCUCGCCCGGCUCCGCUCCGGCUACUACCGCACCUCGCAGGCGCUUGAGUUUGACAUGCGCCGCAUCGGCGCCGCCGCCGCAGAGUUCAACGCGCCCGACUCGCUCAUUGUCCGCGUCGCCGCUGCGCUCUCGGACGGCCUGCUUGCCCUCGUCCACAACAGUGACGCCACCUUGCUCCGGGUCGACUUUGCCACCGCCGAGGGCAUCGUCGCCUCGGACGACUCGGACAACGAGCCGCUCUCUGCCCCGCCUGCCCCGCCUGCCCCGCCGUCGGAGCGCCCCAAGCGGAACCGCAGCCCACCAGCGGACGCCGUGCCCGCCGAUCAACCGCCAGCCAAGCGGGCACGUCCGCUCUCGCCCGCCGCAUCCGUGCCUCCGGUUCCCGCCGCCGCCGCCGCCGCCCCACCUCGUCGCGCAAUCAAGCUGCGCCUCCCCGCGCAGGGCAAUGUCGCCGCCGCCGACUCGGACUCGGAGUCAUCAGCCUCGAUCUCGUCGUCGUCAGCCUCGUCAUCUGCUGGCGAGUCCUCGUACGGCCAUGCCGACGGCGACGAUGAUGACGACGCCUCAGAGUCAUCAUGGGCUUAG